UGACCUCAGUGUGGAGCGUUCCGAGCUCCGCUGCGCUGCCACGAGAUAGCACGCGGCAGCACCGCAGCGAUCACGGAACCCUCCACCAUGAUCUCCCGGAAGCCAUAGCGCGUUGCUUUUGACCACCAACCAUGCGUGUUUACACGAUCGACAUACUCGAACAGCAGCACAGCGUAUACGCUGCAACUUUCUCUUGCACAGUACCCAACGCACCCCUGCGAGCUCCAACAUGACGACCGUACCGCUGCUCCCAGAGCAGCUUGUGUACCUGAUCAUACGAUUCUCUGCAUCAAUACCGGAUCUGUCACUAUCGAUACCUUCACCACGGCUCACAUCGACGCUCUCCUUGAAGCAACUGAUUCGAUCGCACCUGUCGCCUGAUCAGGCGACUGCACGUCUACGCCUCAUCUACGCUGGCAAAGUGCUCACAGAUACCGCGCCAUUGUCAUCAUCACUACGACUACCGCCUCCUCCAUCGCUGCGCACCGAUAAAUACAAAGAAGAUGGAUCAGGCAGCAAGGGCAAGGGCAAACAGCCUGUCAGAGACGCGCCUGCUGUGGAGUAUGGCGCGACAGCACCACCGGAGGCGAAGAAGUACUACAUACAUUGCUCGCUGGGCGAUGCGCUCACUGCUGCCGAGCUGAACAGCGAAGCUACUCUGGCGCAAAACAUCGAGACCUCUCUCAAGUCGCAGUAUGAAGCAUCACAAGACUCAGCCAGUCGUCGCCGCUCCAGCAGCAGCGCGCAGAGCAGUGCCACGCAAUGGCGAGGCUCCUCCACAACCACACCGGCACCACAAGGCUUUGAUCGCCUUUUGACGUCCGGCUUCACUGCCCAGGAAGUAGCAAGCCUACGGUCGCACUUCCAGACCAACCUCUCCUUCACACAUACGCCUGACACCAUGCCCUCGCCCGCUGAGAUGCGCGUCCUAGAGGACCGAUGGCUAGAUAGCACAGGCACAGACCCAUCCCCAGCACUGACGGGAGAAGCGGAUGCGGGAUGGGGUGCGGGAUUUGCCGUUGAGGAGGGCGGUCUGGAUGACAUGCUGUGGGGUUACAUAACGGGGUUCUUUUGGCCGCUGGGCGCACUGAUCUGGGGCUUUAGAGAAGACGGUGUGUGGUCGAGGAGGAGACAGUUGGCUGUUGUGAUGGGUGUGCUGAUCAAUGCGAUCUUUGGUUUCAUGAGAUGGAGUGCCUAGGAGUACUCGAGGGUAGAAAGACAAGCCUGGAGCUUGUGCUGGGCUGUACCUACCUACAACUAGCACAAGUAUACGCACAGCAAAAGUAACCUAAAAUAUGAUCGAAGCUGAGCAAAGAUGAUGUCGUCAGCACCAGUGAUUUGUCAGAAGCAACCUGCAACUUUGU